AUGUCUACACCCACCGAACAAUUCUCCAAUCUCUCAUUGCCCGGGGACAUGAGGUUCGCUGAACUCAGCCUUGAACAACGGAAGACCCAUGUCAGAGACAUUCUUUCCUCCUUUGACGAAUACAGAUUGCCAUCAGAAUUCCUCGGCGAAAUCGUUGAACGAAUUAACGAAGAACAAGCCGGGAGAAACCCUGUGGAAUGGACCAGACCUUCUGAUGUCAUCGGGACAGCGAUGCAAUGGGGUUGUCACGACGAAGAUACCUUCCAUGCUCUCGAUAAAUGGCGUACACCGACCCGCCGAGCCCAAAUGUUUAGCGAGAAGUUGCAAAGACGCUUUCAAAAAGAAUUCAAGAGAUACGAUGACAUCGGUGACCCUGAAGCUCAUGAGCAGCAAACACGCCAACCAACGACGAAAGAGAUUCGAGCCCAGGUUACCGAGAUAGCCGAGAAAUUUCGUUAUCUCACACAAGCUGCCGUGACCGAUUUGAACUUCAGAUCAAUUCGCCAAGCAGCAACCGCUGAGGUCCUGCUCGAUACAUUGGUAGGAAUUUGCAGGCGGCACGAGGAUCUUUGUCCCGUCCGUCGAAGUGGGCGCCGGACUACCUCUGGUGCUGAAAUAGAGACAAGCCUCUACCACAGCCUGAUUGAAAACCCGCCCUCCUUUAACAACAUGCUAGAGGCACUCGAAAUCGUCCGGAAAGAUUCGCCUGCGGCCCUCGUCAGCUUGAAGACCAAAUUGGACACUGCCGGUGGGCUUCUGAGGGCGAAUGAAGCCCCAGAAGCCUAUCAAGCCAGAUUCAGGAGAUUAUUGGGGUGA